CCGCCUCCCCGAGCGCAGGCACCAGGCCGAAGCAGGCGCGCCCCCGUCGCCCCACGGCCCUCGUCUCCCCCGGCCCGACGCGUCCCUCUUGCGCUCUUGAGUCCCAGGGCUCACGCCUACCCAGCCUAGACCCCGCGCCGCUUCCCCCACUCUUCCCUGCCGAGUUAGAUUCUCCUUCGGUGUUGUGUCCCGGUGGCUUCAGGGCCCCGGAAAGUUAAGAACGAACCUGUCCUAACACCUAGACAUGGGGCUGUGGCUCGUGGGAGUCCUGAAGAGCGGCCCUUAGGGCUCCAGGUCGCUGGCUUCUGCACUUUCUUCCUCUCCAAAGUUGAGGAUCCCCUUCCUGGCACCUCAUCAAACACUACCACCAUGACCCCCCAAUCUGGGGAAGAGUGGGGUACAGCCCUCUCCCACCUGGUGCUUGGAGUGGUGUCUUUGCAUGCAGCCGUGUGCACUGCCCAGGCAAGUCGAGGGGCUGCUGCUGGCUUCCUGCUCCAGGCCUUGGCUGCUGCUACCAUGCUGGCCCCAGGGCUGGGCACAGAUGAAGACUGUCUUGCUGGAGCGUGGGUGGCCACUGUCAUCAGCCUGCCUCUUCUGGCCUUUGAUUUCCACUGGUGUACUAACGGUCACUUGAUGUGCGCUGGCUGUUUUAUCCACCUACUAGCAGAUGCCCGGCUGAAGGAGGAGCAGGCCACAUGCCCCAACUGCCGCUGUGAGAUCAGUAAGAGCCUCUGCUGCCGGAACCUGGCAGUGGAGAAGGCCGUGAGUGAGCUGCCCUCUGAGUGUGGCUUCUGCCUGCGCCAGUUUCCCCGCUCACUGCUGGAGAGGCACCAGAAGGAGGAGUGCCAGGACAGGGUCACCCAGUGCAAGUACAAGCGCAUCGGCUGCCCGUGGCACGGCCCCUUCCACGAGUUGACAGCACACGAGGCCGCGUGCGCUCACCCGACCAAGACGGGCAAUGAGCUGAUGGAGAUCCUGGACGAGAUGGACCAGGGCCGCCGCAAGGAGAUGCAGCUUUACAACAGCAUCUUCAGCUUGCUCAGCUUCGAGAAGAUCGGCUACACAGAGGUCCAGUUCCGGCCGUACCGCACGGACGACUUCAUCACGCGCCUCUACUACGAGACGCCGCGGUUCACGGUGCUGAACCAGACGUGGGUCCUGAAGGCACGGGUGAACGACUCGGAGCGCAACCCCAACCUCUCAUGCAAACGCACACUCUCCUUCCAGCUUAUCCUCAAGAGCAAGGUCAAUGCGCCCUUGGAGUGCUCCUUCUUGCUGCUCAAGGGCCCUUAUGACGACGUGAAGAUCAACCCCGUCAUCUACCACUUUGUGUUCACCAACGAGAGCAACGAGACCGACUACGUGCCGCUGCCCAUCACCGACUCGGUGGAGUGCAACAAGCUGCUGGCUGCCAAGAACAUCAACCUGCGGCUCUUCCUGUUCCAGAUCCAGAAGUAGCCGCCAUGGCAGCCACACCGGGCCCACCGCAGACCUGGGCCGCCGCAUCUCACACCCGGUCAUUUCAGCAUAAGGAGGAAACCACGAACCAAAACACAUCGGGAAAAGUCUGCAUGCAUGUGGGACACGUGGCAGCCACGCCUCCGCCCCGCCCUGCCUGCGAGUGGCAGAGGGGAUGCCUGAGCCCUGGAGGGUCGCAGGGCGGGUGCACCAGGAGUGGCCUGGACUAUGCUUCCGGCGGCAGGGCAGCGCAGCGCAGCCUCCGGCGGCUCCGCGCUCAGCUCCGGGCUGGCUCGGGUCCUUGCUGACUCCAGAAGGCGUAUUUGGUUGCAAUUAAAAAGGCUCCCUUGCUUCCUACUUUCUGUUUUGUUGGAGGGGAAGGUGUGGCCGUGAGUGGACAGUGUGGAAGCCCAGCUCUGGUGUGGCCUGGAGCCCAACGGCACAUAGGACGCCACAGGAGCCAGCCUGCCCCACUCAGCACCUGCGCCCUGUGUGCC